AACCCCCUCCUGAUGACUGUCCGUCAUGUGUUAUUGUCCUCCAGUCGUCCUGCCCCACCUCCACAAGCUGGCGCUAGGCAACAACAGCCAGGCCAAUGAGAACAAGAGGAUGGAUAUCUCCAUGCAGCUGUUUGAGGCGUACAGCGCCCUCUCCUGCUGCUUCAUCUCUGAGGAGCUGAUGCUCAGUCACUUCCUGCCUGGGCUGAGGUGCCUGAGGGCAGACAUGGAGCAGCUCUCUCCUGAACACGAGGUGAUCCUGAGCUCCAUGAUCAAGGAGGGUGAGCUCAAGGUGGAGAACAGAGCCAUCGGAGAAGCCCAAGGGGGCGUGUCCAUCGCAGCGAGCAUCGUCGGCGAGGACGCCAAGACCAAGUUCCUGAGCAAGAUGGGUCAGCUGACUACGUCCAGCGCCAUGCUGGCCAACGUCUUCCAGAGGAAAAAGUGACCCCGCCCCCCUCGCCCCCCCGCCCCCGCCCCCACCCCAUCUCACACACGCACCUAUCCCAUGAGCCUCUGCUCUCGGUGCGGAGCACGCAAGACUCGGGUGUGUCUCAGUUGUCUCAAGUGGCUUCCUCUGCUGGUGUCCUCUCUCCUGUUUCUGCUGUUCAGACAAAACCUAGUGUUGGUGAGGGAGUUUGGAUGAGCCUGGUUGGAGAUUUGAACACACCCUGUUCCGUUAUGAAAUGACAUGCAAGUGGAGAGGUCCAGAGAAGGAGAGGAGAAGAGAGAGGAGCAGGGACCAUCUACAUGAUUGAGACGGACUCAGAAACGGAGACUGAGUUCCUUCAGCUGGGUUUGAUUUAAGAUGGUAGCCAUUUUGGAUCCAGACGCUCUGUGUCAUUUUCUCUCUUUGUCAGUGUCAAUCAGAUGUUCUGUCUGAAAGAGGUUUGAGCCUGUGGACCCAGAAUGGCGACCUGUCUGUUUGUCUGUCUGAGCAGAAUCAUCUACUUGAAGUAAAUUGAAAAUAAAUCCUUCUGCCUUUAUUUUGUCUUACAUGUUUGUCAUGUUUUGUUUUGAUAGUGUCUAUUUUAUAACUUAUUUAUGGAUCUUUAAAACUUUUGUCCAAACUCCAAAGAAACUUGCACUUCACUUUUAUUUUCUUUCUGUUCAGUUUUAUCCUGGAUCAUUUCAUGUUCAUUUUGAUUUGGGAGUUUGAUACAAUGUCACAACACAUUGUCACUCAUCACAUUUGAAUGUUUCUUUGUGUUGGGAUUUUGGAAGUUGUGAAGAAGUUUAAGCCUAGUAUGAUGGUGAUGAUUGUCAUGCUGAUGAAGAUUCCUGCCUCUGUCUUUGAUCUCUGUGUCGCUGUGUGUCUGGAACUGUUGGUUUGAUUAUGUUUUUCUUAAUUGGGUGUUAAGAUUCGGUCAUAGUUUCUUUUUGGUUGUUUUGGAUAUGCUCUUAAAGUAUGGACCUGUACGAUACACUGUAUUAAGAGGAGAGCACCCUUAUUAUGUACAUUUCAAAUCGGUGUCAUGAAAUAAUAAACCAAGACAAAGACUUGUGUA